UGACGACGUUACAUAAAAAACAGUCAUCACAAUCAAUCGACAUGGGAGAUUCGUUCAAUCUUUCUAAAGAUCGUUUAUCAUUCAAGUGAAGAAGAUCCGAAGCGGAUCGAGUUAUUUUUACUGUUGCCUGAUACCGAUUUUAUUCUUCUCAAAGACAUAGUCUUGUCUAAUAGCGAGGAUGAAGCGCUUAUACGUUGGAAUUGUAUUUUUCAUGUAUAUUUACGUGAUACAAGGCCAGGAUCUGAUAUUUCCAACUGAUGAGGAAACAUCCCAUGUUAGCGGUGGUAACUCUACGACGAUAACGGAACGUAUACCUGUAUCAAUACCGGAUAGUUGCCCGGAAAACAUGCUUCUUUACUCAGGCAGUAGUGCGAAGAAUUCCUGGGUGUGCGAUUGUAGGCCACGGUUCCUGUACUUUCCGUUAAAUGACUCCUGUUACGAAGCCUACAGACAGGGUCCCUGUUCAUAUAAGAAUUACGUCGUACUUCUAAAGAACGAGGUGGUUCCUCGUUGUGUGGAGAAUCCUUGCUCGGAAGACGGCAUAGUUCCAUAUAACGGUGUGUGUUAUCCUCUCAGAACUAUAGGUGGUCCGUGCGCGCCUACAGGAGUAUUAGGCGUGAACGAGACAACUUUUCAAUUGGAAUGUGUACCAUUGGACAUUGCAACCUUCAUGAUAAUAACGAACGUUCCCAAAAGAAUGUGUCCACCAGGCAGUCACAGAAACAUGCUUGGAAUAUGCAGAAAUGUAUGAAUAUAUAAAAGUCCUGAUCCAGUUUCACAUGCUGUUGUUUCUAUUGCUUAUUUUUAUA